CUUACAAACACUUCCUGCAUGAUGAAGCAACCACACACUCAACAAGACGAACUCGUCUUCGUGAACAUAUCGCGACCCGAUGAAAUCAAGACCGCCUCCACCCAACGCACCAUCCGACGUACGGUCAUGCGGGACAUUGGGAGAUCGCGUCGGACACAGCGAAAGCCACGAACUUGGGCCUUGUCCGUGAGACAGCCCGUCAAUCCAAGCACAACGGCCGUCGAUUCUCUUCCAUCAUUGACAAACACGAGCAUUCCAGCUUCUAUUGACCCAUGCAAUACCGCUUACUACCCCGUUGAUCUCGACGACCGAGGACUGCAGCUGAUGCACUUCAUGACAAGUGACAAGGACUACGUUUUCCGACCGUUUCGCUCCGUCUGGUUCUCCAUGGCGCUGACAGAUCCCAGCGCCAUCUUCGUGGCCCUGGCGAACGCGGCUAUGUUCUGUGACCAACGAGUCCGCGCGCAGGAGUUCAGAUAUGAGACAAGCUCCGAGUGCUUAGCGUACUACGGAAGAUGUGUGCGGCAAGUAAGGGCCCGGCUGGGAAGCGUCAAGGAAAGUCUCAGCGAAGGUGUGAUUACCGCUAUUCUGGGAUUGAUCUGUCAUGAUCUUUAUGUUGGAAUGGGCGAUCGAUGGAACACUCAUUUCACCGGCCUUGAGCGUAUCAUUCGAUGUAGAGGAGGCUAUCAUGAUCUCAGUCCUAAUGUGGCUUUAUUCGCCUUUUGGCUUGAUGUUGUUGGGAGUGUGGCAGAGGAUACUCGUCCUCGAAUGCCAAAGCCAUCUGGGCUUGCAGCAUACUUGGAUGCGGCUCCCCCCGAUGUUAUAGCGCCCUCGCUAAGAGGCCUGCUCGACGAUUUGUCUAUGAGGGACGGGGCGUUCUGUGAUGUGGUGAUUGCCUUCUACUACGUGACAUCCGUCGCGAUCGCCGUUGAAGAAUGUGACUCUGAGCCAUCCUGGCAGCGCGAAGACAGUCUCACCAUAAUUAAACUGUUCGGACCAGCAACACAUUUCCUUCUGUCCAUGACGAGGCCAAUGGAUCUUGAUUCCAGCCCGCAAGGAACUCAAUUCCUUAGAGAAGCCAUACGUUUGGCUCUCCUGCUGUUCCUUGCAGCUUUGAAGAGAGACGUUUUUCGGUUCACUUCAAGCGAAUGGCCAUACCUGCAGCGCAAAUUCACAGCUCUUGUUGCUUUCCUACCCGUGAAUAAGUAUGAUGCUCUAUGUCUUAGGCUAUACCUUUGGGCGCUGGUGACCGUCUCACUAAUCGCGGACGCGGAAAGAAAUGAUUUGCAUAUAGCGGAAAUCAGGUCCGCAAUCAGUUCUCUAGGCAUCGAUGUCAAUGACGCUUUGAAAUUAGUUAAGAGCAUCCUCUGGGUUGACGCGUUGCACAUUCAGACCGACCAGUUCAUUUCGCAUUUAUCUAAGUCAACAUGUACCUAG